AUGCAUAUACCAGACACGACGCCACCUGUUCAGACACUCCCUGUGCCUCAAGUCCCGACAGAACUGCCGCCAAGGGUUUGCCACUCCUGCAGAGGAAAAAUCGACGACGCCUUCUCCUGGCAAGUUCAUCCAGACUACUCUUUCCACCCUCACUGUCUCAAGUGCAGUGAGUGUGGAUGCUACUUCCAGGACGCGACGAGCUGUUUCAUGAAAAACGAAUUAGCCUACUGCAAGGAUGAUUAUGAACGACAGAACCAAUUCCGUUGCCGGGAGAUGGAGCGACGAAAUAAACCGAAAACAACGAGAGUUCGAACGGUGCUGAACGAAAAGCAGCUCCACACUCUGCGAACGUGUUACCAAGCGAAUCCACGACCAGAUGCGUUGAUGAAAGAACAACUGGUCGAAAUGACGGGCUUAUCCCCGCGAGUGAUCCGCGUGUGGUUUCAGAAUAAACGAUGCAAGGACAAGAAGAAACAGAUUAUGAUUAAGCAGCUCGAAGAUCAGAGAAAUAAUCAAGAUUCGGGGACUGAUGAAACGAAAUCGAUCGCGUCCUGCAAAGCGGUUUCGCUAGUCGCCACCGAUCCCGUUCCGGAUAAUCCUCAACAGAAGCUCGACACAGAGAUCGAAAUAAAAAGCUACCAGACACGGGCUCAUUCAUUUUCGUGA